AUGGCGCUUGCCGCGGCGCCAGUCCUGGCGUGGUGGGACGGCGGGCACAUGCUGACGGCGGAGAUCGCGGCGCAGCUCAUGACGACCGACGACGUGGCCGUGCUCCAGAGCGUCCUGCACAAGUGGGACGACGACUUCCCCAACACGGGCGACGUCGCGACCGCCGUCAUUUGGCCCGACUUGCUCAAGUGCGCGUCGACGUCGGCCACGUACUGUCCGUCACCGCUCCGGCCGUCGGUCAGCUCGAUGGACAAUUGGCACUACGUCAACCUCCCAUUCUUCACGAACGGGUCCGACUACCAUGGUGUCUCGCCGCGUGACGUCAACGCGCUCUUGAAAGCAUCGCUGGAUGGGCUUGCACUGGACGUCAUGACCAAGACGCUCAAGACGUUUGCGACGACGCAGUCCAACUGGGCUGCCAACUUUAUGCUGCGGUACUUUCUGCAUGCGUUCACCGACAUUCACCAGCCAAUGCACACGGCGACCGGCGUCUCGGACGCGCUGCCCAAUGGCGACCUCGGCGGCAACAAGCACAAGUUUGCCUUCCCCUGCAGCGCCAGCAACCUCCACGCGAUCUGGGACAGCGCUGCGGGCGAGUACUCGACCAACUGGACACCAAACAUGGUGCCGGGGUCGCCGAGCCGGGAGCUCUUGCGUUCGAACGCGACGCGCCUCAUAGCAGCGUACGGCAAGAAUCUCUCGGCCGAUGCGGUCGACUAUGCAGCGUACAAGGAUGUGCCCUACGCCGAGUUUGCACAAGUCAUGACCAAGGAUCUCUUUCCCCGCACGAUCGUCGACUCGUUUGUGCUGGCAAAAUCGGCCGCUUACGAAGGCUUGGACUUGACGUUCAACGCCAAGGGCUUUGUGCCGUGCCCGUCGCCCGCCUACCAGGCGCGCCUUCUCCGCGUCGUCGAAAAGCAGUUUGUCGUCGGUGGUUCGCGCCUCGCGGUCGUCCUCACGCAGCUUGCACGCCAACUCAAGGCCUUGGGGCUCGCGGCCAAGGACGGGUGCGGCGACCUUCGCGACUAA